AUGUCAGGGAAGAAGCAAAUGAGCAUUCUUUCAUGCUUCGCUCUGAAGGGUCAGCCCGCUAAAAAGGUUGCCAGGUCAGAGGAGGAGACUGUGGAAGAGGCAAUGGUGGAAGCAGUAGAUGAGACAGUGGAGGAGGCAGUGAAGGAGACAGCUAGGGUGUCAGUAGCGGAAGAGACCAUAGAGGAGACAGUGGACAAGCCAUUGAGAGAGUUGGGAAUUGAUGACCCCUACCUCUUUCCUCCUGGAAUCUUCACUGAUAUACUGAAGUGUAAACAGGUGCCUGACUUUCAGUACCAUGAUUUAUACCACUAUGUGGUUUUCAACCCUUCACCAUAUUCAGGCCAGGCCAUGAAAGCAUACAAAAGCCUGGAUGCCUACAGGUAUUUUGUAGCUGGCUGGGUUACAGGACUCCAGCAGUGGAUUGUGCCUGGGAAUGGAGUACACCUUGUUCGUGCCAAAGUGACUCAUUCACAAAGGCUAUCAGAACCACCUCUUCUUCCAUGGAUUGCCAUGCAGAAUGAUGGGCAGGUUAUCUUUGGCCACUGCACAUGUAAAGCAGGACUUGGGGCCCAUUUACACGAGGACGCUGUCGGACCGUCCCCGUGUAAAGUGGGCCUUGGAGAAGUUUGUUCUCAUGUCGCAGCCACCCUGUUUGCAUUGGAAUCCGCUGUCAAACACCUGAAGAGCAGAACCUGCACUGAUGGUCCCAGACAAUGGGGACAAUCUUCAGAUGUCACAGGUGGGAGAACGAUAUUCAGUUCAGGAUGUAAUAUUGACUUCACCAGUCCUGAGAGGAAGCGGAAACAGGCCUGUAUGGAGUCAUGCAACUCCGGACCACCCCCUUCAAAGUCUAAGAAGACAUCUUCCAUCCCACUCAUGACACAGGAUGAGAAGGAGAACUUUUUAAAGAGGUUGUCCAAGUCUGGUACCAAGAGUGCUAGACUGUCACUGGAGGCAGGCUUUAAUGACAGUUUCACACCAAGGACACUACAGCUCAAUCUUCCCAAACCCCUAUCUGAGCUGUAUGAUCCAGUCCAUCUAGGCCUGUCAUAUCCUGAUCUGUUGCUGGAAUGUGAGGCAGCAUUUCAAGCGCUGAACAUCGAUGAAAAUCAGGCAUCUUCCGUUGAAGAAGAGACUAGAAAACAAGCCAAAUCCAAGCUGUGGUUCCAAAUGCGUGCUGGCCGAGUUACAGCUUCCAGGUUCAAGGCAGCUGCAAGAACAGAUCCAGCCAACCCAUCCAAGUCUCUCAUCAAGCAAAUCUGCUAUCCACAAGCCUACAAGUUCACUUCUGCAGCAACUGAAUGGGGAUGCCAGCAUGAAAACGAGGCCAGGAAUGUGUACAAAGCACAUGUAGCCAUGCAGCACAGAGACUUCAUGGUGGAAGACUCAGGACUCAUCAUCAAUCCUGAUUAUCCUCACCUUGGUGCCUCUCCAGAUGGGAAGAUAAAGUGUUCCUGCUGUGGGAUGGGGAUUUUAGAAAUAAAAUGCCCUCAUUGCAAACGUGGUGCCUCAGUAGUAUUCUCUAAUUCCAAGUCCUCUACUGGAAUGUUCAGGCCUGAGGUUAGAUCCAGGAGAGCUUGUGCAGCUGAUCUACGGGAUUCUUCCUCUCUCUUCCUGGACUUCAUGGCCUGUCGACACUGAAAUGACCCCAGAGACUGCUGCCCUUUUCGCUUCACAGGUGAUGAGGUGUGUUGGAAGACACUGGGAACAAAAUCUGGGGAGAGGGGGUGGUUACUCCUUGCUCCUAAAAUUAACAAAAUAAAUAAACAUAAGAUUACCAUAAAAUAAAAACAUUUUUCAUUCAAAGAUCAAUGCUGGAAUAAUUCAAGUGAAUUCAAAAAUAAUUAUAAUGUACUUUAAAUGAGUAAUUGUAAUGAUUGUUUUCUCUACAAAUAAUUUCUUUGCAUGCAAGUAAAUAUACAAACAAAAUAAAAG